AUGUGUUGCAACUACUAUGGCAACCCCUGUGGCUAUGGCGUCGGAUAUGGCUAUGGCUGUGGGUUUGUCCCCUAUUAUGGCUGUGGUUAUGGAAGUGGCUACGGCUGGGGAUAUGGCCCCCGUUACAGCUGUGGUUAUGGAACCAGAUAUGGCUGUGGAUACGGCUCCUACUAUGGCUGUGGAUAUGGCUCUGGUUCUGUCUACUGUGGCUACCGGCCAUUUUGCCAUAGAAGAUGUUAUUCUUCUUGCUACUAG